GUCGACUCAUUGUAAAUGAGAAAUGGCGUAGUUUGUGAUAAAGUUUGGUUAGGUUGUUUUGUUCUUCACUGUUCAGAUUCUGUAAACUGUGAUUCACCAGUUUUGUCAUUAAUUAAACUGAGUACAGUCUAUAAAAUAAACUGAGUAGAGUUUAUGUUUCUUAUUCAAUCUUAUUUUAUAUCAUCAUAUAUUUUUGAGUGAUUGAUAUUCUGAAGUCUAUCAUUUUCCUUCUGUGGCAUUCUGAUCCUACAGUGUUUCAGUGUUAUUAACAACUGUUUGGUGACAAUGACGUAAAUUUUAUGUUUAUUUUUUGUGAAUUAAAUUAUUCUACGUCUUGAAGUGGACAGUUUGUCAUAUCAAAUAAUCAGUGAGAAUCCUUGAACAUGAAUCGAGCCAGGUCAAAUUCUCAAUCUUCAAUCCAGUCGAUAACCGACUUGAAGCAGCCCUUGAAAUGGAUGGAGCUUCCUAUCUCCAAGUUCAACGAGAUUGCAGUUCCUCACCACAUCACACAGCUCAAAAACAUCAAAUUAAAUAUUCAAAAGAUGGCACGUAGUGGUGACUGGGAAAAUAUGCGUAAAGAACAACUGAAAGCUAGCAAAGUGAUUCAACAGCUUCGCGCACUCGUUAGAGAAAUGGACAUCUUGAGGAACAAAGUACUAGACUCUGAUCUCAGCAAAUUUGACAAGUCUAUCCAUAGUUCGAGGCAAGCUGCUCUGUCAACCCUACAAGAAUACAAAGAAAUGCUGGAAAGACUGCCAUCCUCAUUGGAGGAAGAUAGAGAUAGUAGGUAUACUGAUGAGGGAGAGAGUGAGCAGAUGAGUGCCCAGGUGCAAGCCAGUGUUGAACUGUCACAACUUUCCGAAGAUGUUCGAAGGAUGGAGAGGAAAGCGAUCGCCGUGGAAGAACUACAGCAAGAGGUCGAACAAGUUCACGAACUUUAUCAGGAACUUGCCGUCAUGGUUGGAAGCCAAGCAGAAGCGGUGACCAAGAUAGAGUCGAACGUGGAGGAGACAGCGGUGAAGGUAGAGGAGGGAGAGCGCAUCCUGAGGCAUGCGGCCAAACUGAAGAUCCCCUCCUAUGGAUUGGCCGGAGCUCUGCUCGGUACCUGUCUGGCGGGGCCCGUCGGAUUUGUGGCCGGUUUCAAGCUGGGCAGUGUUGCCGCUGUUACUGGCAGCUUCUUAGGUUUUACUGGAGGCCGUUACUUGAAAUCAGUUCAUGAAUCACAUAUUGAAACACAACAAGCGCCAGCCUUAACUGCUUCCGAGUAGGACUACUUCAUUAUAAAUCUUACUUACUUGAAGUAAAGUAAGUAGAGCCCUCAAAUUUCGUGUAAUAUAAAAUUGUAAAAACUGUUAAUUUUGAGAAAGUUUUCCUCAGUUAUCUCUAUCAUCUACCUAGUCCAAAUACUGAGAAUAUAUUAUGUCCUGUUGUAUUUUCAGUAUCCAUACUGUUAUUUGUGUAUAAAUAUAUUUUUAUAGUAAUA